CAUUAUUUGAUGGGUCUAGAUGAUCAAAAAAUUUUAAAAAUCGAGAAAAAAAAAAAAAGUUCCGAUAUAUUUUUAAAAUAUAAAAACAUAACCCGAAAUUUAAAAUGGGGGACAUAGAUUUAGCUGAAGAGUCUGCAGGAGAAGAUACAGAAAUUGAUAAAUUGCAUGAAAUUGCUCGACAAAUGCAUAAUAAUUCGGAAAUUAAAAAGUACAGUAGGACAAUUAAUAACCCAAUAUCAAAGAGUAUUGAUAUGACAAGAUUAGUAUUUACGAAUGCAAAUGUUUCAGAUUCUGGUGAAUGUGAGGCUAUGUCCAUAUGUAAUGAAACAAGCUUAGAAACUUCAUUGAUAAAAACACCUCAGUAUUUAUCUAGUACACAAAUAGGACAAAUGACUUUAGAUGUGGAAGUUUACUCCUCAUCUUCACCUGUUACUAUUGGCUCACCUGCAUCAAGAGUUCUUCAAAUCAAAAGGGAAGAAAGUGUUGAUGAGAUGAGCAGAGAAAUUGCAAAGGAACGGGAUAUUCACUCUGCAAUCCAGUUAAGUAGAAGUUGGGAUGAGAUAUCAUGGCUAGGUGACAAAAAUUAUUCUUCAACAAAUGAACUUCGUGAUAAAAGAGAUUGUGUUGAAGACAUAUCAUCCCCAGUCCGUUUUAUUGACAAGAUCCAUAAUAGAAGUUUAACACCAAGUCCAAUUGGAGUCCCUAUUAGUCCUAAGCAUCGUACAUAUCGGCGCAGUUUAAGUCCCAGCUACUUAAAACCAAGCUUGCUUACAUCAAAACGUAAAUUGGAUACCGAUGACGAAUCUUACACUUGUUCGCCAGCAAAACGAAAUUUUAAUUCUCCUGUUAGUGCUUCAAGUAGUUUUUCGUCUUGUUCUUCACCAGAUCCCCCGUGUGAUUCCUUCAACCAUCAUUUCUUGUGCGAUGAUGAUUCUGGGUGUGAACAGGUAUUUACCACUCAUACUGUUAUGACAGUCACAACUCCGUCAAAUAGUCCGUUAAUGUGUGAUAUUCGCUCACCAAACUCGUUUCCAUUUGUUAAACCUCGCUAUGUCGCACCACAAUCACCGUUAGCAGCGGGUGUCAGCAGUGCCAGCAUAGCUAAUGAUGUUGUUAGAAAACUCAGCCUUGGUUGUCCAAGUUAUACAUUUCAACCGGUUGUAAAAGAUUAAAAUACUAAAUUUGGUUUGGUAGCUUUAAAUCUUGAGAUUUGGUUUUAAAAGUGGAUUUAAAUGAGCGUGUAAAAUACACCGCUUUGUUCUAAUAGUGAGUUUAAAUAAACGAGCUUCACCCAUUCUCUACCACCAUCUACUGACUUCGUUUUAAUGAUGGAUGUAAAAGAGGGUUUACAAGGGCUAUAAAAAAUAUUACUCCAAAAUUUGUGCAAAAAUUGUAUUGAUCAAA